CUCUCACUUUCUCUCCUUCACGUUCAUUUUGGAUUCGGGGAUUCAUACACUCUCUCGCUCGUUCGUUUACAGUGACAGAAACGAGAAUCUUGCUUCAUCUUUUCUUGUCUCUCUCUCUCUCUCUCUCUCUGUUUUGAUCAUGUGUGGUGGAGCUAUCAUUUCCGAUUUCAUUGCCGUCAAGCGAGGCCGGAAACUCACCGCCGGUGACUUCUGGUCCGAGCUCGACCCUUUCUCCGACCUCCUUGGCUUCGAUAUUAACGCCGGUUCUGCCAAAAACCAAACGCCUCGGAAACUCCCUCAAGUCCCAAUCAGUAAAGAGGCAGGCGAGAAGAAGGAGAAGAAAAGCGUUAGCGCAGAGAAAGCAGGCGGGAAGAGCACUGGACAGAGAGCACGCAAGAACGUGUACAGAGGAAUAAGGCAGAGGCCGUGGGGCAAGUGGGCCGCAGAGAUAAGGGACCCACACAAGGGCGUCCGGGUGUGGCUCGGCACCUACAACACCGCCGAAGAAGCCGCCAGAGCCUACGACGAAGCGGCCAAGCGCAUCCGCGGCGACAAAGCCAAGCUCAACUUCCCGGCCGCUACCGCCCCGAGUCCUCAGCCGGAGCGACCCGCCAAGAAGCGGUGCCUGAGCCCAGAGCUGAGUGACGGGAGCAACCAUCCAACCGGGCCACCGACGCCGUACCAGGCGGAUCUGGAGCUGAAGCAGCAGAUAUCAGACCUGGAGUCGCUGCUGGGACUGGAGCCCGAGGAAGAGACGAGCGAGCAGCAGCAGGCGGUGAGCGGAGGAGGGAGCAGCGACGGCGACGAGUGGGCGGAGUCGGUGGAGAUGUGGAUGCUGGACGACGUCGUGUUGAAUCACAUGGCAAAUAGUGAGCUCUUGUACUGAGGUCUAAUUUAGGGAAGCACCCUUGGUGGUCCAGUGGUGGCGAGGUUGAAUUAAUGGAGGGUAUUAUUAGAUGAAGCGACUUUUAUUGACUGUCUGUAUGAACAAACUCGUGUGGAUGGUUAUGGUUAAGGUUCUCUUAAGGAUUAUGGUUGUGUUUGUGUCUUUUUUUAUUUUUUUGGGGUCGGUGGGGGUGAGUAGGUGAAAGACUUUAACUAAGGUGGUGGCAUCGUAAAUACUGGAGAAAUAAAGGCGAGGGUGGUGUGCAUGUGUGUAUUUGUAACAGUAGUAGAACUAUAUGGUGGUGUGGCUGGUCGGAUGCAUGUUUGAUGGAUGAAGUUGAAUGUAAUGGGACAGUGAAUCAUAGUAGUACAUGGCGGUGUGGUUGUCGUGUUU